AGCGACAGUGUGCUUUUCCCCUUUCUCUUGCCAUCCCGGCUCACCAGCUUUCCAGCACAAGUAAAAACGUUUUAAUUCUACAAUCAUCUUCUACGAUCAUCUUGUUCCAAAGCACAAUAUCAUUGUGCUAACAAUUCUCAAAUCACCUGGAAGAGAAGAACCAACUUUGACUAUCCACAGCUGCAGAGGCCUCGUUGUUCCUGCAGCAGUUUCUUGUUUUAAGUAAGUAAAAACCAACGCAUUUCGUUCUUCUUUUUUGUCGUCCCCCGACAGUUGUAAGUACGAAGAACUCCAUUUCACAGCGCGGACCGUAAACAUUCGCACCAAGAACAUGGCGGUAGUCGGCAAGCUGCUUGUAGUCCUGCGCAACGUGCUAUCAAAUGUAAAAAUGUCUGGGUCUGGAAGAGUCAUGCUGUUUCUGCAUGACACAGAAGGUCUGGCAUGGAAGCUCUAGCAUCACAGGUUUCGAGAAGCUUCCGCAAUGCCGAAUCCGCAUGACAAAUCCGCCAUUUUGGUGACAGAAAGUGAGCAGCUUUUGCUGCCUAUGCAUCAGAGAUUUUUGUGUGUUCUGAAAUGCGCAUCACAAGUUACAUCCUUCCAGACCCAGACAUUCUUACAUUUGAUACGUGCUGGGCUUCGUUGCGUGGGCCUUGAUCAUCCAUCCCCUGAGCUACCUGGUCGGCCGCUUCUAUCAAAGGGAAAAAAAGCCUCCGUGAUCGUCCCCUAUGCAAAAGGAAAGCUCUGUUCAUGCUGGAGCUGGAUUUGUGCACACAAAGAAAUGUCUAUGUCAUGUCAGAACGCAAUAGAUGUGGAGCGGUCUGACUCUGGCGGGUGAUUUAACAAAUCCCAGUUUUUCAAAUACAGGACGUACGGAUCAUUUUUCCUCACCAUAGCGUCGAUGUUUGGCUCAAAGACAAAGUGAAGGACUAUGAGGACAGCGACGUGGGGAGCGGUUUCGAAGAUGCCGAGGAGGAGGAGCAAGUGGGGCGAGAGACUCAGAAGGAGGACCAUGGAGGGCACGAAGAACAAACCAGCGGUGCGGCGGGCUCAACUCGUGGCACAGGAACUCCUUUUUGUUCGGUCUGUGUGCCGCGACGUUCCUGUUGCCGGGAUCCUCCGGAACAAGCAGCAGAUCCGGACGAGGACAACGCAGCCCGCCGCUGGCCGAAAAGAAAGGGCUUCCACAUCUCCGAGCAGGACCAAGUAUCGAAGGAAGAAAGUGCUGUUGUAGUGUAGUUAAUGACAUCUGCGUGUUGAACUUCUUACAUCAGUAGCAAGCUUAUUUAUUUGCCGAUGCAGUGGUAGAGCUAGAGGGAGGAGUAGGGUGUCUGUCAUGCAUUAAUUUGGAAAUGUCUCUGUCUUCUUUCUCCUCAUUUAAACAUUUUGUACAACUUCGGCAAAGGUGGAAUAACGGAGGAAACUUGUCAUGCAUAGCGACCAGCAAAAACGUGUAUUACAGUGUAGAAGAACUUCUACGCGACCGCAUAACAUAAUAUGAAAAUUUGCCAACCAUCAACUACGGCGUACUUCAGUGGUCGAGCAACAAGCUGGUGCUCUGUUGCGUCUGCUACAGAACAAACCUACACUAAAAGCACUUUAUUUUUCCCGCCAUAGCACCCCCCUACGGCGGUUGGUGCUGGCUUCGAUGACCGCGUGAAAGCCCAAGCAGACGCAGAGCUCCAGAAAUCUGGUCAGAAGUAUGAACGGGCUCUUUCUUGUUCAGGGGGACUUUUCAAAAUGGCGUUGGUUUGUCAUGGCACAGGGCAUGAAGUUGAAGAUCACAGAAGAGGCCGCUGUGGCAAUCUGGUUUUCCAGUAGCACAUGCAUGGAAGCAAAUAUCUAUCGGUGGUGAAUAUUUUAGCCCGGGCCCGGGGCCAUGAACUCGUGCAAAUUUUGGGUCUUUGGUUAUUCGUAUUCUGCAGCGGUGGCACACAAAAUGCAUUUCAGUAUAUUUACCACCUCUCAUUCUACAACCGCCACUUUGGAAAAUUCCCACGACCUGUUGGCGCUUGCAUAAGGAGACGAGGAAGAAAAAGAAGGCGCAAGAAAAACUAUUCGCGUGAAACGAUGUGCCGCCUCUGGCGUCCAGGGAGAAAGAAAAACUGUAUAAAUGAUGUAGCUCUUCGUGCUGGCAGUAGUUGUAUGGUAGUCGUAAAAAUUUGCAGGUGCAGUACAACUGCCGCCCGGAUCACACCAUUUCAUCGACGUUUGUUUACACAGCUCUGAAGAGUACUAGAUCAUCGCGUUAAGUAUUUCCUUUCUUCAGCCUGGACGCCGGACAAAUGCAUUUUCCAGAACGAUAAGAAGCCACGCGCGCUGGAUUGGGCCAGGAGGGAUCUUCCGUCGCAGUUGUUUAUGUGCCACAGCCGGAGAAGGAUCCGAAAGACGACCCGGACGGACCCCAUGCGUCCCCGCCCCUGCUGCCACCUGUGCGCGCAAGCAGACGGCUGUACGAGUACGGGGCAGCUGCUUCCUCGCCCCCGGCAAGUGAAACAAAAGCCAAGAAACCGAAAGUGACAAGGUGCGGCAGUUUGUACCAGAAAACCCCACUGUGCUUCGUCCUCGGGGUUGUGGCUGUCGUGGUGUUGUGUGCGGUUGUGUAUCGCAGGAAAAAACUGCUUCACUGCCCUCGCCUUGUGCUACGUACAAAAGAAUGCAGAACAAGAAGCGCGUUUUUUGCUAGAAGAAAGGGCGGCAAAUAAUGAGUGCUGGCCAUAAUUUUGAUUUUCCUCACUGUGCCUAUUCGUCUCUUUCCGUAUUUUUUCCAUGGAAGCUGCACGCAUGGAGAGAAAUUUUUUUUUCGCAUGUGCAAAGAAAUUGCUGUGACAAUGAGACGGCAGAAAAAACGGUCAGCGCGGAUGAAGUGAAGCACUUUUUCCGCACGACAUUGCACUGGGGUGUUCCGUGGUUUACCUGAGCGACUUUCGCGACCUGUUCCCAUCGGAGGGAAGUGCACGUGGAGAGCUUGCUACGGAUUGCGGGGGACGCUUGCCAAGCCAAAACGUCGACCCCCAAUGGGGCCCGGGUGGAUCGAAGGACGGGGAAUAUAUGGGAAACGCAGAAAGUAGGAGCGCGCCUUUUUCGCUCGACGCGGCGGUAGAUUGAUUCUUUUGCAUGCUAGAGAUUUCCAGAUUUCACGUAUAGGAAAGCGCUUUUGGCAAUUGGCACCAUAUUGAUUCGGCCUAGAGUUUGGGACGCAUCUUCGUUCCCCCGGCUGCUCUUUGGUUUCACCUAUUUGACCUGCGCUUUGCGAGUGGAAACGAAGAGCGCAGCGGCAGCUUUGAUCGUGGGUUUUUACGCUAGUUUGAUGAAGCCUUGACUGCAGCUGCGAGACCCGGAAAUCCGGUUUUCUGGCUCUCUUUUCGUAAAUCAUGUUGCCACACGAUGUUCGGCUUCGGGGUCGUGCGCCGCUGUGUUGCGGAGUGACUUUGUACGUAUUUAUAAUAACAUAUCAAACGGGACCUCCACAACAUCACAGGGCGCCGGCAGUGGCUCGGCCACGGAUCAUCCCUGUACUCCGGUAACGUCAGGGUCAGAGCCAACGGAGGUUAUUACAUGCAAAGAGGCUAGCGUGUCAUGGCAUAUAUCUCGGAUAGAGUUUGAGUUGAAUGUCAGACAGCAUCGCGGACGAGAUAGAUUCUUGCGUGAGCAUUUUAACAGACUUCUUCUUGCAUUUCGAUUUUUACACAAUGUGGCAUGCUAGUCGCUUUCUUGUUCAUCGCAGAAGCUUCACAGCUGCAGCUCGGCGCUGUCUCCGUCAAGGGCGAUCCCGCACGGGUUAGAGGUCCUCCGAUGUUGGCAACACAGCGGCAGCCGAUGCAGACUACAGCUACUACAAUAACGCAGGGCACGAUGGGAGGACGGUUACAACCGGCUGUUCGAAGGCCCCUGGUCCCGGAAUCGCCUGAGUGGUGCAAGAGUCGCGAAACUGCAAAAGCAGCGAUGGAUGGUCUAAAGGCGGAUAUUAAGAGAGAGAACAAUGGGGCGCAAAGGGCAAUGCACCUACUGCAAAAGCAAUCCUUCGAGUUACGCAAUUAUUGGACGCUGCACCACGAAUGGCAGCAGAAGCACCUCCAGCGCAGUGACCCCAACGCCGGCGGCUGUGGAUCAGAUGCCUUCAUCUCCUGUGACGAACCUCCUAAGCCGCCGCUACCUGUCCUCGAAGGCGAGAAUUCCGUAUGGUCAAUUCACUUGCUGAGCUGCAAUAUAGAGGCCAGCGCGCCACCAGAAGAUCAUUUUGCUGAUUCGAUGUUUCCCAAGCUCAUGUCUUUCGUGAGUUCCGUUGCAGUAUGGGUUACCAACCAAACCGGCGUCGUUGAGCACUGGUUUGUCGUAUUUGUAUCUCAUUCCCUGUUUACGGACGAGUUGAUCGAUAUCGGAAACGGCCAAUUAUAUGUAGUGAGGUCACCGAACGGUUCUAACCGGGGAGUUUUCUUGCCACCUCCCGCCCACAAUGGACGGCAGUUUUCAAGCGGCCGGAAGUGUUGUUUGACAUAAAAAGUUUCCACUUGUCAAGCGGCUGGGGCUUUGCCGUCAACCAAGCCCGACGCUAUUCUAUCGAUUGCGGCUUGAUAAAGCGACGCAAGAGAGCCGGCAAAAGGGGCGUUCUUCUGACGCGCCCACCGCCUUGGUUUCUGGCGGUUUGGGGCGCGCUAGAGACGAGCGCCCCCCAAAAAAAAACGCGCCCAAGAUCAGAACAGCGAAACACCAUGGCGCGGCCGCGGUUUCGGAGCCUUUUGGCCGGCCGCGAAGGCGGCUGCCUUUUCGCCGGCCCCAGAGCCUGGGAAGCUUUGCAAAAAACGCCGGCGUGAAAAAAUAAAAUGCAAAAAAGAAAAAGCGCGCCAGGCGCGCGAAGCCAGUCCGUAUGAGUCAAGCUUUUUCUUCGCCAACGAAUCAAGCCAAGACGCCAAGAGCCAAGCUUUUUCUCCGCUUUUUGGGCGCCCCUCCCAGCGCCCGGAUCGGCCUCAUAGCGUUGGGGCUGGGUUUCGGAAAGGAAUUUCGGAAAUUUGCUAAAAUUUGCGACGUUCAUCAGGCGGCCGCCAUACCAUGCGGCCUAAAGCUACCCACGCCGGCUUUGGCGAUCCCAGCAUAAGCAAAGUCACGGCCAAGGCGGCGGUCGGCAAGAAAACGCCCGCGACCUCACUACCCCCGCCCCGGCGGCUAUAUGUGCUCUGUUCAGAAGGAAACGCCGCUCCAGGUCGUUGUGGCGGAGUUCGACGACCGCGGGAUCAGUGUGCGUCGGGUUCGUCCCGACCUUUGGACGAAUAGGGGGACUCCAACUUCCCGCGAGGGAUUAUCAGCGACGUGUGGUCAACAACGAACAUGACAUGGGUUUGGAACGGAGAAGGAACCUCACGCAAAUGAUCCGAGCGGGAAGUACAGAUUGGAAGCUAGCGACUUAACUUUCACUCGGAUCUAUGAUAUCGUCCACAAGAUGAAAUGGUAUCAAUUUAUAACACAAAGUUACGAAUCCAAUCCCGAAGACCCAAAUCGGUUCCAAGUAGUCUGGCGGAGUAGGGAUUACAAAGCCGGCACUUUAGAUUGCCAGAUGUUUGUGAACGACUUGAUAAACCAGUUUGUGUCAACGUCUGAUGUGGAAUUGGAUGUGCACGCACUUUCAGAGAACAAUGUAAUAAAUGGAUUGGCGAAUCGUGUGAAACAAACUCAGCAUCUGGUGUGCCCCUUUUCACCGUCGACGCCGUGCUGUCUGCAGUGGGAAUUCUGCUAAAGCAAGAGACAUAGCUUUACUCGCACUCUCUGGCACUUAGUUCCGGCUGCUCCUCGUCUUUACGACAGCGGAGAAGUGUCGGUGCAAAUGACGUCAGAAGUGCGAGUUGGCUCGUCAAAGAGGUAAGUAGUGGCCACUCUGCGCUGAUAGAGAGGACGAACAGGAGGAGAUCUUUCUGUGACAUGACCGCACCACCCAAAUUGUAUGAAAAUUUGAUUGUGACCACUCCAGUAUCUCGAACCCCGAGUCUUUGUUGUUUCCUUACACUUACAUAAAUCGUCAAUGUUUCGAUCGUAAAUGCCAGUUUUUCCAUGUUCCAAAUCUUCAUUUCUAGUCUUUCAAAUGCAGCAGAAAAAAGAUAUAAACAAGAUCUUCAUACAAAAAUAAAAAAGCAAGAACCUUUUUCAGUUUUUAGUGUCUACUCGGUUUUACGUUUACCCCCUUCUACUUUGCUUCGCAGUUCCUUUUAGACUUUCGAGUGCCCUCUUCUGAGAGACUUGACAAGGAGACGCUGUGGACAAAGUCGCGCCAGAACCUGCUAUGUAUUGGCCGUUUUUU